AUGUCUUCCCCAGCGAAGCGCCGCUCCGAGCGCACUUCUGCAUCGGCGACUCCCCGACGAAGCGCCCGUGGUCAAAAUUCUCAGAUAUCCGACAGCAGCCCAGCGCCAGCAGGUCCAGAUGAGCAGUUGCAGUCUGAGGCUUCGCAGGCUUCACAGCGUGGAUCGCAAGCAACCCCGCGUAAUGCAAGAUUCCAGACUACCUCGACACAAUCCCCGCUCUUCUUCCGCUCGUCGCCUGCAAACCCCUCCGGUGCAGGGCCAGCUAACGGUGACGAUGAGAGCGAUGGUGGUGCGACACCAAAAGCGUCUGCACAAACGAUUGGGGAUUCAUCGCCCAUCCACUAUGCGUCGAGCUCUAGCCCUGGCCGUGCCCGCAAUGCCCAAAGCAACGUUCCUGGAAGCAGCAGUAGCGCCCUUUUCGUACGCGGCUCUGAAUCCGCAGCUCGCAAUCGACGAAGCGAUAUCCACUCAGACGUCUUCGGUACCAGCUCUACCAAUCGCCGGCGCAGGCUGUUUGUCGAUGAAAAUGGCAUGCCUGUGCAAGAAGCAUCAGAUGCGCCAACCUUUUCCAAUAUCAAUCCCGAUACAUCAGACGCAGAAGUCUUAGGUGGGAACUCUUCACGAGUCAUUUGGGGAACCAACGUGUCGCUCGUAGAUGCCAGACAUGCGAUGAGAGACUUUUUGAUGAACUUCCGACGAAAGUAUCGCAUGAUUCAGGACGGCGAACUGAACGAGGGCAUGAGUCUUCCGGACAGUCAUCCGGCCAUGGCUAGGGAAUACAUCGAUAUCAUGAAGAUGAUGCUGGAGCUCGGCGUCACGCCUUUGAACCUGGAUGCACGCAACCUCAAGGCUUAUCCACCGACAAGGAAGCUUUGGCACCAAUUGCAGGCCUACCCGAACGAAAUCAUCCCCAUCAUGGACGUUGCGAUCAAGGACACUAUGCUCGAGCUUGCUGAGAAGCGUAUGGCAGAGAUGCGAACUCAAAUGUCACAAGCACAGCGUGCUGCUCAACCCAGGGCUCGCGAUUCAAGCUCUCUUCCACCCAUGUUGAGCUCCGAUGCCCCCACGCCUGGCGCUCCCUCUCCUGUCCCUUUCGCAGAGAUUCCCAAUCUAGUCAGCGAAGUUGACCAGAAAACCUACAACGUCAGGCCGUUCGGUCUCGAUCACACGAUUAACCUGCGCGAGCUCAACCCUGGGGAUAUGGACAAACUUGUCAGUGUGAAGGGACUGGUGAUCCGGACUACGCCCAUCAUCCCAGACAUGAAGGACGCCUUCUUCCGCUGCUCUGUAUGUAAUCAUACUGUCAGGGUCGACAUUGACCGUGGCAAGAUCACCGAGCCCACCAAGUGCCCGCGCGCUGUGUGCGAGUCGCCGAACUCGAUGCAGAUCGUGCACAACCGCUCCGGCUUCGCGAAUAAGCAGGUCAUCAAGCUACAAGAGACACCAGAUGAUAUGCCGGAUGGCCAAACACCACAUUCAGUGUCCUUGUGCGCAUACGACGAACUCGUAGACGUUUGCAAAGCUGGUGACCGUGUUGAGAUUACUGGUAUCUUCAAAUGUAACCAAGUCCGCAUCAACCCGCGUCAGCGAUCGGUAAAGAAUAUCUUCAAGACAUACGUUGAUGCGCUUCACAUCCAGAAAGUCGAUAAGAAACGACUUGGUAUCGACGUAUCGACAAUCGAAGAAGAGCUUGCUGAGCACGCAGCUGGUGACCUGGAAGAGACCCGCAAGGUCUCCGAGGAGGAAGAGGAGAAGAUCAAGGCUACCGGUGCUCGCCCUGACGUCUACGAACUCCUCUCUCGCUCGCUUGCACCCAGCAUAUACGAAAUGGACGAUGUCAAGAAGGGCAUCCUACUCCAGCUCUUUGGUGGUACCAAUAAGCAAUUCGAGAAGGGUGGGAGUCCAAAAUACCGUGGCGACAUCAACGUCCUAUUGUGUGGUGACCCAUCCACGGCUAAAUCUCAGAUCCUACAGUACGUGCACAGGAUCGCGCCGCGCGGUGUGUACACGUCUGGAAAGGGUUCCUCUGCUGUUGGUUUGACUGCAUACGUCACCCGCGAUCCUGAGACACGACAGCUGGUGCUUGAGUCUGGUGCGUUGGUGUUGUCCGACGGCGGUGUGUGUUGCAUCGACGAGUUCGAUAAGAUGUCGGAAGCAACGCGAUCCGUUCUCCACGAAGUUAUGGAGCAGCAGACCGUUUCUAUCGCCAAAGCUGGUAUCAUCACCACCCUCAACGCUCGUACUUCGAUUCUGGCAUCUGCCAACCCUAUCGGUUCCAAGUACAACGUCAACCUCCCUGUCCCCCAGAAUAUCGACCUCCCACCUACACUGCUCUCACGUUUCGACCUUGUUUACCUUGUUCUGGAUCGUAUUGACGAACAGAACGACCGUCGCAUGGCUCGCCAUCUGGUUGGCAUGUAUCUUGAGGACACGCCUGAAAACGCAUCGAAGAAUGAGGUCAUGCCUAUCGAGUUCUUGACCGCCUACAUUUCCUACGCGCGCUCGAACAUCCACCCCAAGAUCACUGAGCCUGCAUCGAAAGCACUCGUAGAUGCAUAUGUCGCUAUGCGUAGUCUUGGUGCUGAUAUUCGCUCGCAAGAACGAAGAAUUACAGCCACCACACGUCAAUUGGAAUCUAUGAUCCGUCUCGCAGAGGCUCACGCCAAGAUGCGCCUAUCAGAGGAGGUCACGGCUGACGACGUUCAUGAAGCCGUUCGUCUCAUCAAGUCAGCGCUCAAGCAAGCAGCUACAGAUGCACGUACAGGUCUCAUCGAUAUGUCGCUUCUCACUGAAGGCACGUCGACCAGCGAUCGCCGCAGGAAAGAUGAUCUCAAGCGUGCGGUGCUUGCCUCGCUCGACGAGCUUGGCUCUGCUGGCCAGAGCGUGCGUAUGAACGACCUCAUCAAGAAAGUCAGGGAAGGUGCCAGCGAACAAGUGGAGAACCAAGAGUUCCUUGAGGUAUUGCGCAGUGCCGAGCUUGAGGGUGCUGUGCAAAUCAGUGGUGAGGGUAUGAGGAGGAUGGUCAAGAGAGUUGUUGGCACAUUCUAG